GCCAAGGUGGAGGUGACCAUGCAUGAGACUGUUGAGGUGUACCUGGGUGACUCAGCUCAGAUCCCCUGCCAGUACAGAUUCACUGACGCCAACAACAAGCCCAGCUUUGUCAUGAUCCAGUGGUUUGUGAGAUUUGAGGGUAACAGCUCACGGACGCGGAUCUUCUACAGCGAUGUCAGUCAGCAGAUGGUGGACAACAGCACAGACUACAGCGGUCGCAUUGUGGUGACUUCAGACCAGCAGGGAACUCAACUCACCAUCCAAACCGUACAACUCUCUGAUGAGAGGGAAUUCUUCUGCCAGGUCAACGGACUGGAUGCCGGGAACGCUGAAGGCAAGACCCACCUCAGGGUGUUUGCUCCUCCAGAAGCUCCAGUGAUUGAGGGUGUCCCUACUGGACUAUCUGUGACCAGUGAGGUGCCAGUCAAGGUUGCAUCUUGUGAGACUCGGAACGGCUUCCCUAAACCCAACAUCACCUGGUACAGGAACAGCAAGCCACUGGUGUCUGCACUGGGACAUGUAAACGUGUUGACCUUGGUGACCCGGGAUACCAGGGAUACCAGUAGCUUCUUCUCCGUCCAGAGCACGCUGGAGUACAAGGUGGUUAAGGAGGACAAGGAUGCCCACUUCUCCUGUGAGGUCAGCUUCUUCGUCCCAGGAGCUAUCAGGACAGUCGAGUCCAACAGCAUCAACAUCACUGUUCACUACCCCACCACCGAGGUGAAGAUGUGGAUAGAGUCGCCCCAGGGCUUUGUCAAAGAGGGGGAUACUGUGGAGCUGCGUUGCCAGGGUAAUGGCAACCCCCCGCCGGCCUUCAUUUUCAACAGAAAACAAAAACUGGAUGUGGACUUGGAGAACAACAGUAAUGUGUUGAUCCUGCCAUCAGUGUUACGGAAAGACAGCGACAUCUACCAGUGUCGCCCCUUGGACACCGACGGCUACACCAAGGUCCAAAAGAAGGAGCUCACCGUGCACUACUUGGACGCAGCUGUGGUGGUACCUAAAGAAUCAGAAGUCAUGUUUAAAGGAGAAGAUCUGACUGCAACCUGUAAUGCUCUGUCAUCCCUGCAUACAUCCACUUUCUGGUACAAGGAUGGACAGCAGGUGGGUAAGGGGCAUACAUUGCAUCUAAAGGAUGCCACCUAUGAAACAUCAGGAGAGUAUAUAUGUGAGGUGACUGUUCCCUUGCUGCCCGCCCUGCACACCAGCGGCUCCGUUAACAUCAUCGUCCAAGGUGGUCCCCAGGUGGUGGGAGUGGAGCAGGAGGUGCAGCUGGAGGUGGCAGCAGGCGGGAUGGUGAACCUAAGCUGUGAGGCUCUGGGCCAUCCACUGCCCAGCAUCACCUGGAACAUCAUCGGCAGCCAGAACUGGAAUGAGGUGGUGAACAAGGCAAGUGGACACAUGACUCACAGCGUGGUGUCAGUCAAAGUCACCUCAGAUAUCAGCGCUGUGUGCAACGCUUCCAGUGACAUGGGCACUGAAGGAAAGGCUUUCAGCAUCAAAGCCAUUCCCGGAGUCACCUCAACUGCUCGCUUUUCUCCGGCUGAGGGCAGUGGGGUGAUCAUAGUGGUGAUCAUACUGUGUCUGCUGCUGCUGGCCAUCCUCGGCAGUGUUCUCUACUUCCUGCAUAAGAAGGGAAAGAUCCCUUGUGGACGCUCAGGGAAACAGGAGAUCACCAAAGAAAAGACCACCAAAGAUGACAUUGUCGUGGAGAUGAAGACCAACACAAAGAAUGAGGACACCGUCCUCCUAAAAGCUGUCAACGGAGACAAAAAGGUCCGUAAUGACCAGGUUUGUGUAGCUGAGGGCAGUGGGGUGAUCAUAGUGGUGAUCAUACUGUGUCUGCUGCUGCUGGCCAUCCUCGGCAGUGUUCUCUACUUCCUGCAUAAGAAGGGAAAGAUCCCUUGUGGACGCUCAGGGAAACAGGAGAUCACCAAAGAAAAGACCACCAAAGAUGACAUUGUCGUGGAGAUGAAGACCAACACAAAGAAUGAGGACACCGUCCUCCUAAAAGCUGUCAACGGAGACAAAAAGGUCCGUAAUGACCAGUAAAGACCCUGAUGGUUCAGCAGCGUUGUGCAGCAGGAGGCAGGACACAUGAAGCCAGCAGUCAGUGUGUGUUGGAGCAGAGGAGGCAGUAGAUGCUCCCACUGAUAUGAAGACCUGCAGGGAAACACCACCUUACAGUCCGGACGUUCCCCCAUUUGCUUUGUUCUAAGCAGUAUUCAGUAGAUUUAAACACAACCUCAUUCAUAUACAGACAUUACAUAAACACUUUGUCUUACUAUCUUCGUGGGGAACACUCAUUGACAUAAUGCAUUCCCUGACCCCUUACCCUAACUGUAACCUAAUUCUAACCUAAACCGUAAAAUCAAGUCUUAACCGUCAAACAGCCCUUUAAACUUGCAGAGUUCAGCAUUUUGGUCCACACAACGGUGGUCAGUCCCAACAAGUAUUGUAAAGCCUGGUUUUGGACCCCCGAACAUUGUAAAACAAAAACACAAACACAGGUAUGUAUGUACAGAUGUGUAUUUCCUGUUGAAUGAAUGUUCGCUUCCUGGACAUUCAGUUUCUCCCAUUUGUUUUGUACUAUUUCCUCAAACUGCGUUCAGCUCUCAGCUCUUGUUCAGCGUGUGUAUGAUGGUAUCUCGUGUGCAUCAUCAGCUUUUGUUUUUUCUUUUGUUGUUUUUUUAUGAAAGUGUAUAUAUUAUAUAUAUUUUGUUAUUUAAGAUAUUUUGGCACUCAGAUUUUCAUUUCACGGUACCCUCUGGGUCAUGUGCAUGCUGAUCCAUGUUCAUGGGUCCAGGUGAGUUUCAGGACAGGAUAUGAUGUCAGACCAAACACUAGCUGCUCCUCUGUGGCAGCUCUUUACCGUUGACCUGAAGAAGUGUUCGAGUGUUUGUGCAUGUUUGACAUGUUUACUACAGAUAACACAUACAGUACUGCUGACCAUUCAGUGUAGGUUUUUUUGUUUGUUUCUGUACAGUUUGAGGCUCUUUUAACAACAUUAAUCGCAGGCAUGGAUGUUAAUCUCUGUGAUGGAUUACUGAACUCCAUCAAGUCUAAAGUUUCAACGUGUUUUUUAAAAACGUGAAAUAAAUGUAAAGCAGUGGUUGUGGAAGGUAGAAAUACAUUGAAUGUCUAAGUAUAGCUCUCUCCAGUUUAUGAUGUAUCAUCACUGCAUUCAAGUCACAGAGCUAAGCAUCAGUUUUUUUUGGAAAAAGAAAAUGUGGUGAUCUUUGAAAAACAGAAAGCUCUUGCCUAACACUUCGUGUUGUUUUGUUGAAGGUGUUUCAACAACACUUCUUAAAGAGUCUUCUGCAACAACCAAAUAUUCCAGCCGCUGUAUUUUUAACCCAUUUUCUAAUAUGAAACUGUAUUUCCUUAAAACAAUGACCAGAUAUGACACAUCACCUUGCUCUCUUCUGUAUGAAAAUAUUUAUCAAGAACAAUCGACAAAAAAAGAAUUCUAAAUUUUAUCCACAGUUGUGACAUAAUGCAAGUCAUUGCAGAACUGAAAGUAACAUCUGGGUCUGACUCAUGUUUUUUAUUCUUGUGUACUUUCUGGACACCAUCUUAGGAAAAUGGGUUAAAAAUCUUUUAUAUUGUGCAGUGGGUGGCAUUUAAAAAAACAUCCUGAUGGGUAAAAAAGCUUUUGAGGAAUUUUGAAAUACCUUUAGAAGUAAGAGGGUUUUUAAGACCUUCUGGUUUUUUCAUCAUCAGGGAUUCAUUAUAAUGACAACAGAUGAGACACAAACUGGAGCUAUUCUACAGGAUGCUUAGAUGGUCAGUGUGCCUGAUUUAUAGUAAACCAGCUAAAACAUGCAACAACACUGCUAUGCUCCUUUAAGGGCCCGUGUUGUGAAUAUGUACUGAUAGCUCACUGUGUGUAGGUUAUUGUGACGAACAUUUUGUUGCUGCGAGCGCCACAUUGCCCAGAUGACUUGCAACAUUAACAAAGUAGUGAUUUUUUUCCUGUUGUCUUUUUUUUUUUUCUCCACUGAGUUGAGGUGUUAAUAAUAAGUUAAUAAUCCAGGUACAGGACGUCCUCAGGCGAGACGUGUCCUCAUGCGCAGUGUGACGCGGUUAUUAUGGUUUAGAGAAGCUGCACAAAACCAUAACCCCAACCUUCUCUGAUGUGCAGUCAAACAUUUCUGAUUUGAUCCGGAAAUCUACACCGCGUCUUUUCAGUUUAAUUCAACUUUAAAUACACCAUCUUUUUUGUUAUGGAUUUUUCGCCUGUGGGAAAACAAGUUUUUCUAAAUGUGUGUACUGUACAUGUGAUUCUUUGACGCUUGCAUUUUGUUUUAUAUUUUUUGCAAAAAAAAUAAUGCCAAAUAAAAGUGUUUCAUUUAGAGAGA